AUGAACCCCCUGAAGCUCAACACCACGUCGGUGUCGUUGGCGGUGACGCCGACCGUCGUCUCCACCCUCUUUUCACAUUAUCUCAACCGCAACCCGUUGAAACAGAAGCCCACCGCCCACCUGUCCUACGACGAAGGCCUGCACCUCGUCCGAUCCUUUCUGGAGUUCGCGUCGCAGCACACCGUCGAAGAGUUGCAAGCGUUCACGGCCCAAUGGGUGCCGCAUCCGCAAUGGGUCAAAGUAGAGGAUGCCCAGGUGCCGGAGGACCACAUCGAGAGGUCCGCGGAACUGAUUGAGGCUCAAUUGGGACCCGGAGGCGUUCACCCUGUUGGUGGCCGCAAGUGGUGGAGAUGGAGGCAGCCCAACAGCCCUCUCAAGGCCGAGUGGAUCGAAAUGCGGUCCGACUACCACGAGCGGAAGAAGAACGAUGGCAAGACGACGCGCGCGAUGCUGUACGUUCAUGGCGGUGCCUAUUUCUUUGGUAGUGUCGACGAGCACCGCUACCAGAUGCAGCGUCAUGCUCGCAAGCUCAAGGCGAGAGUGUUUGCACCGGAAUACCGCCUGGCGCCGCAAUUCCCGUUCCCCUGCGGGCUGCAGGACUGUCUCGCCGCUUACCUCUACCUGCUCACGGUCCAAGACCCCAGCACGAUUGUUCUGGCCGGCGACUCGGCAGGCGGCGGCAUGGUUCUGUCAAUGAUGGUGAUCUUGAGAGACCAGGGAAUCCCGCUCCCGGCCGGCGCGAUCCUCAUCAGCCCGUGGGUUGACCUCUCCCACUCGUUUCCCAGUGUCUCUGGCGACAACCCCUUCGACUACAUUCCGCCGUCCGGCUUCCACCACAAGCCAUCGAGAGCGUGGCCGCCCCCGAACGAGGACGACAUGGCGAUGAUGAGGGAGCAGGCGAUCAAGGCGAGGGCUGGCAAGGAGAAGAACGCCACAAAGCUCAACACGCUGGAAAAGAAGCAGGCCGCUCCGAUUUCCUUGGACCCCGUUGCGGAGGGAACUGCGGUCAACGGUGCUUCGCAGACCAACGAGGACCCAACAGAGGACGCAGACCCCCGCAGGACCGCCCUGCAGCUCUCUGUAACCAUUGACGGCAAGUUGACCACGGUCAAGGAUCAAAUUCAGAUGUACACGACGAAUGCUCUUCUGUCUCACCCAAUGGUCAGCCCCAUUAUGCAACCCACGCUCGGCGGUCUUCCUCCGUUGUUGAUCAUGGUAGGAGGAGGUGAGGUGCUCCGCGAUGAGCAGAUCUAUCUCGCCCAUAAGUGCGCGAACCCCUCCAAGUACACGCCCCCCAACCUCGACGAGGCAGCUAUGCGACAAAUUGAGCAAUACAAGCCCACCGACGUACAGCUCCAGGUGUGGGACGACCUUUGCCACGUUGCCCCAACACUCAGCUUCACUCGCCCGGCUAAGUACAUGUAUCGGGCCGUGGCGCAGUUUGGCGCCUGGGCUCUGGCGAGAGCCCAGAAGACAGAGAUUGAGAUUCUGGACGACGAUGACAUUAGCGUGAUUUCAAGCUCAGCGUCCGAGUCUGAUAAGCCGCAAGAAGGAGAAAGCUCCGAGUCCGUCCCGCAGCAAGUCGGCAAGGCGGGUAUGCCGCUGCCGCCAUUCAAGAAGCACAUGAUUCGGCAAAGAAUCACCCGGCAUGGCGUGGUCCACGACCUCGUUCCCGAGUCAGAGCUGCCUGGCUGCACCAUCAAGCAGGAAGAGGUUGGCGUCGUCAGGCCCACGCCAGUCAAGAGAUGGCUCCAGACGAAGGCUGUGUUUGAUAAGAAGUUCUCCGGCGCCAAGGCCAAGGUGCACAAGAACAUCAUCAAGGAUAUGGCGGCCGGGUUCGUGGACUUUGGCGACGGUGAGAAGCCGCCACCAACCGCUCUGGCUGGGCGACGCCGAGCCACGGAUGAGCUGCUGGACCGCAAGAGAACCAAGAGCUUGGGUCUGGCUCUGUGGUCGCUUUGGGGAUCCAAGCACGACGAGAUGACGAUGGAGAGAGAGAAGAAGGCGGACUCGGGGGCGAAGACGUCCAUGACGAGGGAAGAAGGCGGCGAGGGGGCCAGGUCGUUCCAGGACGUGGAGCAGCAAGACCCGGCACCUAUCCAGCGAAGCGGUAGUAAGCGGCGCGUCGUUGUCGAUGAGCAUCAGACGUCACAGAACACCAGCUCUCAGGUCCUGGAUUCUCAGGCUACCGACGUGGAAGAGACGCCCGUCGCUGCUCUCAUCGAGAAGAGAAAGGAGCAGGAGAAGGUCAAUGACCACCUCAGUCCGGAAUUUGUGCCUGGAACCGGGGUGGCUGGCAAGCGACCGUUCCUCGACGGCAUCGCCCUGCCAUUCAGCCUCGGCAAGAAGGACGCAGAGACGGCCAGCAUGAUGACACUGAUGUCCGGCGCCGACAGCCGCCCCAUCAGCCCCAUGCCGCCCAUGGACCAAGAUCACGUCAGUUCAGAAGUCCAGGACAGCCAGGCCACCGAGGUCUCUCCUGAACCAACCCCGGCGGGCGAGAGCGAGCGGCCCCCCAUGGACAAGUUCGUAACGGCGGCGGAGGACCUUCCCCUCAGCAAGGGCAAAGGCAAAGAGACUGCAAACGGCGGAGUCGAGCAGACGGCGUGA